UAUGGCCCCGCGUAGGAAUUUUGAACGAUUUCGCUGAAAGUUUCCCUAGUGUUUUUGUCGGUUCCGGUGUAAAUUCCAUUGACUGAGUUGCUGCUCCGGAUCAUCGGAUUAUCGGCACGGAUAUCGAAGCCAGCGCUUCUUCAGCCCCGAGUGCGCGGCUCCUUUUGGAUGGUUUCGUUGAGGUGGUGUCUUCGAAGGGCUGCCCAAGAAAUUCGCGUGGCGGUCAGGUCGGUCCGCUAGCACUGAUCGGGAACACUUGUCAACUGGUGAACCUCCUCUUUUGGCAACCCGAAAGCCUGGUGCAUACAGCAGGGCCAGCGAGUAUCGGCGGUGACCUCCGACCAUGUGUUGUGUGACACCCAGCGUGCUCCUCGUACAGUGUCGCAAACUUUAGUCGGAGGGCAACCCCUCCCGCAAGCACCUCUUGGUCGGACAGCGUUCUAUGAAAGCAGGCGUUCUUCAGAGGCUGCGUCCGUGGGGCGGUCUCGCCUGGACCGGGAGAGUGCCGGCCGUGUGCUUCCUCGGCCAUGCUGUGAGCCGGGGCGUAGCCGGGCCCGUGCUGCGCCAUGCGGGCCCAGCUGCAGGGGCCGCCCACGGCGCCCAGGCAGCGCCCGCUCCUGCACCAGGUCCCGUGGGGGGUGUCCCAGAACGACCUUGAAGCCGUCGAGGACAUUCUGUCGGCCACGUCACUCGUCGCAUCGCCUGUGCGUCCGGGCGUGCUGUCGUCUCGGCGGAGUCGUGCCGGAGCUGCGGGCCAUGGGGCAUCCUGUGGGGGCUGCCCGAUCACGGACACGACACGAAGCGCCCAGGGCCGCCGCUCUUACCGCACAGAGCCAGAGCCUGCGAGACAUGGAGCGGGAGCUGGUGUGGAAUCUGUCGGAUGCCCAGGGCAACAGCCUGUGGCACGUGUGCGCGGCCCGGAACCAUCUGCGCUGCUUCCAGUGGCUCUGCCAGGGACACCCACAGCACGUCCUGGCUGACGAGAACCACAGCAGCCUCACGCCCGUCGGAACUGCCGUCAAGCAUGGGAACCUGGAGAUAGUCCAAUGGCUCGUCAGCAAGUCCUGGGCCCUGGAACAAAUUAACCCUCCAGAGGGGAACAGGACCUUGCUUCAUCUAGCUGCAAAGUAUGGUCAGGAGAGAGUGGUGCGUUGGCUGGCAGAGUAUAUGCAGAACAACAACCUGAACAUCAACCGGAAGGACAAUGACGGAAACACUCCGGUGCAUCUGGCUGCGAAACAUGGACACAUCUCCGUCAUCAAGACCCUGGUGCUGUUGGAUGCGGACGUGACGGCUCAGAACGAGCAAGGCCUGCGGCCGCAUGGGGUGGCCGUGCAGAGUGGCCAGGUGGCCUGUGCGGACCACCUGCUCACCACCGAGGUCUGCCUCUGUCUCUCCUCUGAGCAGGUUCUCAUCGAGGGAAACUUCCAGAGCUUGCAAGUUGAAAAUGCUGAGAUGAAGAAUGGCUUCAGAGAGCUGCUGGUGCUUACCAAGAGGCUGUUGAGGAGACAGGAGGAGAUGCUACAUUAUGUGCAAGUGGUCUGUUCGGGAAACAUGAACUCGGACAAGGCGGAGUCGGACAGUGCAGACUCACUUCCGUGGAACUCCCCCUCAGAGAACUCUGAAGGCAAACAGACACAAGCCAAGUUGCAGGCUCUGCUGGAAAAGACCCAACUGAAGUUGCUUCCCGAGGAAGAGAGUCGAUUGCUACAACUGGAAGAGAAGUGGCGCCGCCUGCGAGUGAACAAGGGCGCCGUGGAAACACGUUCACCGCUUGAACUGAUACGGUCCCACUUUGCCCAAGCCCUGGCGAAGUGCAGCGGCCCCCACGUCCAACCGGAAGCCAGGCCCGCCUCCUCGUCCUCCCUGUCGGACUACAGUGGGGAGGAGAGUGCAGAGGAGGAGCCCCAGCGGCCACCUGCCAGCGCCCGGCGUAUCCACGAGCAGGUUCCAGCUCCCUGGGAGCAGGAAGUGCGCUCCUGGGACAAGGUCCAGGUGUUCCUCGAUGGCCUGCUGCGCAACAGCGACAUCCAGCGCAGUAACAACAACCCAACGCCCACGAGGAAGGCCAACAACUCGACCAACACACUCGUCAUCCGCCACGGCACAAGCAGUCGCAAGUGUCGAGUCAAGGAGGCGCAGAGCCGAAAAGUGGAAGCGCCCAAGGACAGGUCUCAGGAAAACGUGAGCCUGAAGGUGCUUUUCGAAAACAACCCGGAACUGCGGCAGGAAGGUCAGACUUGUUCGGUGCUUGAGGUCUUGGAGCCCUCGAGCAGCGAUGCAGAAGAAGACCUCAACGUGGGACUGCGGCGCGGAAGCGGGGACAGCUCGUCGAGCUCCUUCCGCUCUAACGAGAAUGCGGUGCUUCACGUGGCGGAGCAGCGGUGUCCCAAGAAACCCGUAGCUGCGAGCAAUGGCGAGCGCAAGGGCAAGGGCGCCAUCCUUCUGACCAACAUCGCAGAGCUGCCCGAUUGCUCAAGCAGGUACAAGGUCAGCUUCAAGAUCCAGCAGUCGCAGGAAUGCCCUCACCUCGGCUCGGUAGAGACGCAGCCCAAGGAUGAAGCAGACGCGGCAAAUGACAAGAAGGGCAGAAACGCAGAGCGGCAGAUGAGUUUCGCAGAGCCCGACUUGAUUCGGGGGACCAACGUGGCAGAACGUUGCGCCCCGGAGCGCAGCACCGCGGAGGCCUCUUCGGCGGGCGAGUGCCCCUCGGAGCUGUCCUUCGGAGACUCGGCCAGCCAGGACGUCACGGGGACGGAGGACGUGGAGGAGCAGCAGCAUGCGGCGCAGGGUCUCUCAUCCCCAGAGUGCUCCGUGCCAGCAGGCGAAACCUCUUCCGGGGCGGGAAGUGCCAAAAAGCGCAGCGGAUUUCUGCUCAAGUUCUCGCUAAGGGGCCGCUGGCCGUCCAAACAGAAGCAGCAGCGGAAGAGCGAGGAGAUCAGCGCGGAGGAGUUUCGAGAAACAUACACGCGGAGUGCGGGGGCGGAGCCCUUCAGCCGGGACCCCCUUCCGGAGCAAAGCACCACGGCCAAAGCGAGCGAGCUGUUUGCGCUCUCACCGCCCCCAAUCCCGACGCUUCCAAGGCGGGGUCCUCCCCCUGUGCCCCCGUGCGAGGAGGAGGUGCCGCCCGAGUCCCCCGAGCCCUCCCUGGGGAGCAAGUGCUCCCCGACCGAGGACGAGGCCCUACUCUACCUGCAUGGGGGGUCGCCAGAGCCCAGCAUCUUGAGGCCAGAUUCCAUCGUCUCUAAGACCACCGGAGGCUCCCUGUCCCGCCCGGCGUCCUCGGCGUCCCAGACGGAGGACGGGAGGCGGGGUGCCAGGGAAGGGGCGGGCCGGGGGAAUGUGGCCGUGGUGGGCUUCUCCCUGCCCAAGACGCUAUCCUCCACUGAGGUGUUGCUGCUGCACACACCGGAGUCCUCCGUGGCGGGGCGGCAGUCGCCUGCCCCCAGCGAGGUCUCCAAGACGGAGAGCGCCCUGUCACCGCCCAGCGACGUGUCCAAGACGGAGAGUGCGAGGCAGGCACCACCCCUGGGAAAAAUCGAGGAGAUUGUGGCGGCCGCGGGGGCCGCCGCUGCUGCAUCAAGCGCGGAGAAGAGGGUGGACCCGUCGGCCGCUGCCCUCAGGGCCCGGCCUUCCGCGGGUGUGGAGGCCCCCAAGCAAGAGGGCCAUCCCUGCAUGACCCCCGUGGCCAUUCUGCAGCAGGACGUCCCGCCGCAUCAGGCAAAGGCCAAAAAGAUGACAUUGGCUGCUAGGAAAAACAAGAAAAGUUCAAAGCCCUGGUACGAGGUUUCGGACGAGGAGGACAUGCUGUCUCCCGACAAGUACCAGACAGUCAGGGCUCGCAGCAGCUCCGAAGACGAGACAGACCUGGCUGUUGUGGCGUGACAGUGUCAGCAUGUGACACAUUUAUGAACAGUCAGACCUUCCCUUGUGCCACGGGAGUCGGGCGUCUGGCAGCAGUCAUUUGAACCGAACGAGCCAACGUGCAGUGCAACACAGCUGCCGCCUCGGUGUGCGGACUUGGGACGGGUCGUGUUUGGGGGAUAACUCUCCCGCCGGAUCCCAUGGCUUGCGUAAGACGACGCGCAUGGCAGACAAAUCUUUUACCGUGAAUGGGUAGCUGAGCACAGCAGGUUUUGGCAAGGGAGCUCGCGGUUUCACUGGUCGAAUUUUUUGUCAUGUAACAUAUCACCCCGUGCCGUUUUGGGGCAUGUUCAAGGUUCCUUCUCUGUAGCUGUCCCUCAGGGGUGCGAAAGCUGGAAAGGGGAGGCGGCUCUUUCGGGUAACCUUGCAGUUUCUCCGCCUCCUCUAAAGAAGGAAAACACCCAUCGUCACUCUCAUCCUGCGUGCUCUCAGGCAUUUACUCCGGGAGCAGGCUCGGCUCGGCCUCGCUUCCUUCCUCGACCACCACAUCGUCUGGCCGAGGCCCGUCCGAAGGGCCGUCUCGACUGAGGCGUUCCCACUAAGAAGACAAACAUGUUUCCGAACUCAGGGCUGUUUUAACGGAUAUUUGUUUAUACAUUUCGUUGUUUGUUGCGUUGUACUAGGUGUGACAUUGUAAAGCUUUACGCCAGAUUGUGUGGGCGCACCUCACAUAUAUUUAAAUGGGAGCAAAGCGUGUGUGAGUCUGCAUCUCUUUGAGAUGACUUAUCCUUUCUUUUUAUGUGUGUGCGUGUGUGUGUGUAUGUGUGUGCGUGCAUGCACGCACACGUUGUGCCUCCCAGGCAGAAUGGAGAACACCGGAUCAUGUGAUAUGUGCACAACGGUCAUUCCUCACCUGUUGUUUUUUCUCACCAAAAGAUCUUUUGAGGACCAACCUGAUAAAAAGUUCUUGCUUAUUAGUUUCUAACAUCAACAGUGUUGACGCUUCAUAUCGAAAGACGGGUAUUACUGCAUAAAAAUUAAAUUAGUAGUGCUUUUUUUUUUGUCAUGUGGUUGUAAUGGCACAUUUCAUAUUUUUAUUGUACCUGUUUUGAGGAACAUCUUUUUUUGUGCCAAGUCUGUAAAUGUUUUCUGACUGUAUCAUAAUCUUUUUACAAAGUGUACCAUACUGUAAUACUAUUCUGUACUUCUGACAAACUUCAUCUCCAGUGCAUUUUAUGAAACUAAUACAUUACCAAACUUAAUGGUCUUAACUGGACAAUUCCACAAAAGAAGUCCAUUGGGAUGCUCUUUAUAUACAACUGUUAAUUUAUCCAGUGCUAAUACUAUUUUGUACAGACGCCCUUGUUUGCUGUAUCAGAUGAAAUUAACUACUUCUUUUUAACUGUUAUGUUGUCCAAAAUAAAACCAUGAGAACUAAUGA